AUGGAUGGUUCUGCCCUCCCUCAGGGGUCAACUGAUCAACGGUCGGGUCGGGAACGGCGUCCACAACCAGCGCUUGGGGCUCCCCUCCAGGCAGGAAACGUUGAUGAGCAGGUUGGUAUGUUAGACGAUGGGCCGGUUGCAGACGAAACAGAAGAUGAUUGGCGCAAGCGGAAAACAACAGGUGGCAAGGAGCGCGACAGGAGAGCUCGACUCUAUGAAAUCGAGGAGGACGGGCCGCUCCAGGUAUCACGACCAGCUAAAGCCCCUACAGCGAGAAGGGGCAGUGUUUCACGAGGCACUUCGGCGGGUUUUGAUUUCGACCCAGAUCUGGCCGAGGAAUUCCUCGACGAAAAGAAAAGGCGAAAGAAGAAGGGGAAACAAGCCAAAGCCGCGCAGCAAUUAGCGCGGCCGGAAAUCGUUCUGCCCGAGUUCGUCAGCGUGGAAAAGCUUGCGCAGGGUCUCAAAGUCAGACUACCCCAGUUUCUACAAAAGCUCGAAGAGGAAGGAUUUGAAGGUGCUAGAUAUGACCAUGUCCUGGACUCUAGCACCUCCGCAAUGUUCGCAGAGCUCUACGGGUUUGAGCCCGUGAUUAAAGCAGUCGAUCAAUCUGGGGAUAUCUUUCCUCGACCGCCAGCAGAGGAUCCUUCCGGGUUCCCCCCUCGGCCUCCAGUCGUCACCAUCAUGGGCCAUGUCGACCACGGGAAGACAACUAUACUGGACUACUUUCGGAAGGCGAAUGUGGUGGCAUCAGAGCAUGGCGGCAUCACGCAACACAUCGGUGCGUUCUCAGUGACAAUGCCCGGGUCGGAGCGCAACAUCACGUUCCUCGAUACUCCUGGCCAUGCCGCUUUCUUGGAGAUGCGCCGAAGAGGUGCUGUCGUGACAGACAUUGUUGUUCUGGUUGUCGCUGCAGAUGACAGUGUUAAGGCUCAAACGAUCGAAGCUAUCAAGCAUGCCCGUGAGGCCGGUGUACAGAUGAUUGUGGCAAUCAACAAAGUCGACAAACCUGGGGCCGAUAUCGAACAGGUUAAACGUGAUUUGAUGCAAUAUGACAUAGUUGUAGAGGAGUUCGGUGGAGAAUACCAAGCUAUCCCUGUCAGCGGAAAGACAGGUCGCGGGAUGGAUGACCUGGAGGAAGCAAUACUCACUUUAGCUGAUGUCGCCGACUUCCGCGCCGAAAACGAUGGACCUGCUGAAGGCUGGAUCAUCGAGAGCAGAGUGGGUAUCACUGGUCGUGUGGCCACGGUAUUGGUGCGUCGCGGUACACUGAGACCAGGUGACUUUAUUGUUGCUGGUACCACCUGGGCGCGUGUGCGAACCUUGAGAAACGACGCUGGAGAAUUGAUCGAAGAAGCACCUCCUGGGACUCCUGUCCAGCUUGACGGUUGGCGAGGCGAUGAUCCUGAAGCUGGACUCGAGGUGUUGCAGGCAGAGAACGAACAGCAAGCCAAGGAUGCGAUUGCUGUGCGAAAGGAGAGACAAGAAACAGCUUGGGAAAUGGACAAUAUGGCGGCGAUCAACGCUUCGCGCGCGGAAGACGCCGUCGCGCGAGCCAAAGUUCUCGAAUGGGAGAAAGAGCAGGGCUACCUGUCCAUGGGCUACAAGAGACGUCCCAAGGACAAUGAAGGCUGGGUUGAGAAAGGGUCCUCGGGAGCCCAACUGGUGCAUUUCGUCAUCAAAGCCGAUGUGGCUGGCAGCACUGAAGCUCUGGUUGCUGCUGUCAGCGCGAUCGGCAACAACGAAGCCCGCGCCAAUAUCGUCCACAGCGCUACAGGCAGUCUCACAGAAUCGGACAUCAAGAUGCUAGCGGCAACAGGAGAAGUUGCGUACGCAAUUUCGUUCAAUCAGCCCAUCGAUGGAGAGAUUCGCCAACUUGCGGCAGCUGCUCGUAUCCAGAUUCUGGACCACAACAUCAUUUACAAGGUGACCGACGAUGUCACUGAGAAGGUCAGUGCAGAACUGCCGCCAAUUGUCACCCAGCGCGUCUUGGGAGAAGCAGAGGUGGGAGAUAUUUUCGACAUCAAGAUCAAGAAGGGAUCUAUGAAGAUUGCCGGAUGUCGCGUGACCAACGGCACCAUCCGGCGCUCAGAGAAGAUCCGAGUGCUGAGGAGAGGCGCAGUGAUCUAUACUGGCACACUCAACUCGUUUAAGAACAUCAAGAAGGAUGUCACGGAAAUGCGCAAAGGCUCCGAGUGUGGGAUGGGCUUUGAGAACUGGGACGCAUUCGAAGUGGGCGAUCAGAUCCAGUCGUUCGAGGAACACACCGAGAAGCGCGUGUUGCAUUAG